UCCAAUCCUGCCGCCCAAAUUCAAGUGAGUUAGAAGAAGAGAAGGCAGGCGUGUGUCGUCGUUGUUACUCAUUGAAAACUGUCGGCCACCCCGGGGCGAAAAGUACGACUGCCAUUUAUUUCAAACACAGUCAACGGUUUUGCGAGGGGGCGGCUUCGAGAUGCACAUCAAGUCGAUUAUCAUCGACGGGUUCAAAUCCUACGCGCAACGCACUGAGAUCAACGGCUUCGACCCGCUCUUCAACGCCAUCACCGGGCUCAACGGUAGCGGCAAGUCCAACAUUUUGGACUCCAUAUGUUUUCUCUUAGGCAUUACCAACCUUACUCACGUUCGAGCCUCCAACCUCCAGGAUCUGGUCUACAAAAACGGACAGGCAGGCAUCACCAAGGCCACUGUGUCCAUCACUUUUGACAACGCCAACAAAAACCAGAGUCCUUUGGGCUUUGAAACCCAUGAUGAGAUCACAGUCACCAGGCAGGUUGUAAUUGGUGGCCGAAACAAAUAUCUCAUCAAUGGAGUCAACGCGAACAACACCAGAGUGCAGGACUUGUUCUGCUCUGUUGGCCUCAACGUCAACAACCCCCAUUUUCUCAUCAUGCAGGGAAGGAUCACCAAAGUCCUAAAUAUGAAGCCACCGGAGAUCCUUUCCAUGAUUGAGGAGGCUGCAGGCACCAGAAUGUACGAGUGCAAAAAGAUAAGCGCCCAGAAGACCAUCGAGAAGAAGGAGGCCAAGCUGAAGGAGAUCCACACUAUUUUGGAUGAAGAAAUUACUCCAACCAUGCAGAAACUACAAGAGGAGCGAUCGUCAUACUUGGAGUACCAGAAACUGAUGCGUGAGAUGGAGCACUUGUCGCGCCUGUACGUGGCCUGGCAGUUCAUGUGCGCCGAGGAGACCAAACUGAAGUCCGCCGAGAAUCUGAAAGUGAUGCAGGACAACAUCGCUAAGAUGCAAGCCGGGCUGGCUGAGAACCACAGCAAAAUCCAGGAGCUCGCUGUGCAGAUUCAGGAACUGAAAGACAAAAGAGACCAGGAAGUGAACAGUGUAUUAAAAUCUCUGGAGGAAAGGCUGGCCGACGUGCAGCGUGUGGAUGCCAAAGCUCAGAGUGCUCUCGAUUCGAAAAAACAGAACUUAAAGGAUGAAAGCAAGAAGCGGGAGGAGCUUGUCAAGAGCAUGCGGGAGGACAAGAAGAUGCUGGUGGUGAAAGAAAAAGAGGUGUCCAAGUUGACAGAGCAGCUUCAGGCUCUAAAGGAGGAAGGCCAGAAGGACGGCGCGGCCCUCGAGGCGGCCGAGCAGCAUUUUAAGGCCGUGUCCGCCGGCCUGUCCAGCAACGAGGACGGAGAGGAGGCCACGCUGGCCGGUCAGAUGAUGGCCUGUAAGAAUGACAUGAGCAAGGCCGACACCGAGGCCAAGCAGGCCCAAAUGACGCUGAAGCACGCCCAAGCUGAACUGAAGACCAAGCAGGCCGAGGUGAAAAAGAUGGACAGCGGCUACAAGAAGGACCAGGACAGUCUCCAGGCUAUUAAAAGCAGCAAGGAAAAAUUAGAGGCCGAGCUAGCCAAACUCAAAUAUGAAGAUGGGAAGGAGGAAAGUCUUCUGGAGAAGAGAAGGCAGCUGUCCAGAGAGGUCGAAAAUCUGAAAGAGACAUACGAGCGGCUUGUGUCUCGCUUCCCAAACCUUCGCUUUGACUACAAGGACCCCGAGCGUGGAUGGGACCGCAGUAAAGUCAAGGGGCUGCUGGCGAACUUGAUUUCAGUACGCGACGUCUCCUACGCGACCGCCCUGGAGGUGGUCGCAGGAGGGCGACUCUAUAACAUCGUCGUCGACACCGAGGUGACAGGUAAGAAGCUGCUGGAGAAGGGAGAGCUGCAGCGCCGAUACACCAUCAUUCCCCUGAACAAGAUCUCUGCCAAGAUGCUGAGUGACAAAGUGGUCAAUGUUGCCAAGAGCCUGGCGGGAGAGGACAACGUCCACACGGCUCUAUCCCUGGUGGGCUACGAGUCGGACCUGCGCAAGGCCAUGGAGUACGUGUUUGGCUCCACGAUGGUGUGCGACACGCUGGAAAACGCCAAGAAAGUGGCUUUCGAUAAGCAGGUGAUGACCAAGACCGUCACUCUCGGAGGAGACAUUUUCGACCCACAAGGAACUCUGACCGGAGGAGCUCGUUCGAAGUCUGCGUCUGUCCUGACCAGCCUGCAGGAGGUGAAGGAGGUUCAGGGCAACUUGAAUGAAAAGGAAGCCCAGCUGCGGGAUACGGAGCAACAAUUGGCCAGCCUGAAGGGAACUGCGGAGAAGUACCGUCAGCUGAAGCAGCAGCACGAGCUGAAGGUGGAGGAGGAGCAGAUUUUGCAGGCCAAGCUGCAGCAGAGCGCCUUCCACCAGCAGCAAGAGGAGCUUGAGAGGCUGCGCAAAGCCAUCGAGGAGAGCGAGGAGACUCUGCGCGUCACCAAGGAGGUGCAGACGCGGGCGGAGGAGAAGUACAAAGUGCUGGAGAACAAGAUGAAGAAUGCAGAAGCAGAGAGGGAGAAGGACCUGAAAGCCGCCCAGCAGAAGCUCAACGCGGCCAAGGCCAAAGCAGACGCCUUCAACGAGAAGCUCAAGCAGAAGCAGCAGGAGUCGGACGCCGUGGCGUUGGAGCUGGAGGAGCUGCGGCGGGAGCAGGAGGCUUAUGAGCAGCAGAUUCAAGCUGUGGACGAGGCCAUCGCGGCCAUCAAAGAGCAGAUCGAAAGCAUAGCCUGCACUGUGUCGCACAACAAGGACGCAGUUCGAAAGGCCCAGGAGGAGCUUUCCAAGCAGAAAGAUGUCAUCAUGGCUCAGUUCAAAGAGAUCAAGGAGAAAACCACAGAAGCUGGCAAGAUACAAGAGCAGAACAAUGAAGCCCAGCUGAAGAUUAAGGAGUUAGAACACAACAUCAGUAAACACCUCAAAGACAGCCAGGAUGCGGCAGGCGCGGUGACUCGGAUGCUGGAGGAGCACGACUGGAUCCAGUCUGAGCGUCAGCACUUUGGGCGGCUCAACUCCUCCUACGACUUCAAGACCAACAACCCCCGCGAGGCCGGCCAGCGCCUCAAGAAGCUGAAGGAGACCACCGGCAAGCUGGAGAGAAACGUCAACAAGCGAGCCAUGAACAUGCUCAACGAGGCCGAGGAACGGUACAAUGACCUGAUGAAAAAGAAGAGGAUCGUGGAGAACGACAAGGCGAAGAUCCUGCAGACCAUCGAGGAGCUGGACCAGAAGAAGAACGAAGCUCUCAAUGUGGCCUGGCAGAAGGUCAACAAGGACUUUGGUUCCAUUUUUUCCACCCUGCUGCCAGGAGCCUCAGCGAAGCUUGCUCCCCCGCAGGGCUGCGGCGUACUCGACGGUCUGGAGUUCAAGGUGGCCCUGGGCAACAUCUGGAAGGAGAACCUGUCUGAACUCAGCGGGGGGCAAAGGUCUCUGGUGGCCUUGUCGCUCAUCCUAGCCAUGCUGCUGUUCAAGCCCGCUCCCAUCUACAUCUUAGAUGAGGUGGACGCCGCGCUGGACCUUUCGCACACGCAAAACAUCGGGCAGAUGCUGCGCAGGCAUUUUACACACUCUCAGUUUGUGGUGGUGUCACUCAAGGACGGCAUGUUCACCAACGCCAACGUCCUCUUCAAGACCAAGUUUGUGGACGGCAUGUCCACGGUGUCGCGCACUGCCCUCAGCCAGAGCGACGCCAACCUGCCCCACAAGAGGAUCAAGUAGCUCGUUAGAUCGACAUCAGAACGCGUUGGUCAUUUUCCAGCAUAAAUGAUAUCAUCACACUUGCCAUUUGUAUGCAGUUUAUUCAUUCUCACGCGCUCUUUGUUGCAUUUGACACUUUUUUUUUUACACUUCAAACUUUGUGUAUAUAUUUUGAACUUUUUAUUUUUUAUGUCCCUUGCCUCUCUGCUACAUGUCUU